AUAUGUGACAAGUGGAAGUUUGGGAAGUGGACUGUGCUGUAAUCGUUGUAAUAAUAAUGUUGAUCAUGUUGAUGUUCUUUUGACCGGGUGUGUUUAUAUCAAAAAAAGUUCAUCAUUUCCCGCAUAUUCAUCAAUUAAUUUGACCAAAUUAAAUAAAGGUCGAUGCAAUGGAUGACAAUAACAGCGAAAACAGUACGAGGAAAGGACAGAAAUUCGAUGUCAAGCGAUCACUGGACGAUAAUGGUAGCGAAGAUGCUCCUAAAUGCAAAGUCUACAAAAUGCUGGAAAGUAGUAGUUCAGACAGCAGCUUAGAUCGUGUCGAAUUGUACAACGACUUAUUAGACGAACAAUUCAUUCACCGAUUUGCCAAGAAUUGGUCGGAAAACGAAUCGUUCGAUUCGCCUAGUUCGGUUCAGCUGAGAACUGAUCCGUUCCAACUUUGUGUCAUUGAAAACUUCCUUCAAAACACUGACCAUAUACCGAAGCUGUUAGAUGAAAUGGUAGAGGAGUGUGAAUGGACGAACAAGCAAAUGGACCUGUACGAAUUUCAUCAGACGGCUGACCUAAACACAGCAAGCUCAACGUUCUUGAAGCAAUUCUACGCGUUCCUGAACACAAGCGUACUGCCUUGGAUCCAACAAUUAACGGGGCUGGAUUUGACGCACGUUUCGGCUUCAUGUUCUAUGUACAAUGCCGGUGAUCAUCUAUUGGUACACGACGACUUGUUGGGAGAUCGAAAAAUUGCCUAUGUCUUCUAUCUAUCACCAUGGACUGCUUGGACUGAAUCAAUGGGUGGUGCAUUGGAAUUGUUUACAUGUAACGAACACAUUCAGCCGAUCCAUCCGCCCGUGCAUAAAAUCUAUCCAAAGAAUAAUCAAUUCGUUUUCUUCAAAGUCAGCGAAAAAUCGUUUCAUCAAGUGGGAGAAGUGACGAACUACAACUAUCCGCGCAUAACCAUAAAUGGAUGGUUCCACGGGCCUAGCAACGAAAAUCAAUCGUUUGCUGGCAGGUCCAAGUCACCGGAAUACGUAAUCGAAUAUCUUCCACCGACAGGAAUUGACGAUGUCGUUGAGUUUGGGUGGAUAAACGACAUUUACUUGCAAGACAAUUGCAAGAGGAAUAUCCAAAAACACAUCGAAGACAAGUCGGAAAUUUCGCUGGAAUCAUUUCUAAAAAGCGACGAUUACCGAGCUAUCCAACAACAUUUAAUUGAAAUCGAUGAGUGUCAUUGGACACAUCAAGGUCCAGCUCAUUACCGGAAUUAUGAUAGAAUUUUGAUCGACAAUGUAAAUGGCCCCGUUAAAGAUUUCUACAACAUUCUGCGAUCGAAUAAAUGGUUCAGUUUGCUAUACGAUUACACUGAAUUGGAUUUGUAUGGCAAGAAUUCCCGAUCGCCUUCCGUUUCCAUAGAAUUUUAUCGUCUGACCCACGGAUGCUAUUCGCUGCUGAACGACCGAAGCGGUUUCUUCACGGACGAUUCAUUGGAUGUUAUUUUGUAUUUCAACAGCAAUCCGAACUUCGGCUUCAUUACGUACAUCAAUCCGGAUGAAGAUGGCAACCAAAUGGACGAUAGUGAUGAUGAUGAGGAAGAUGAUAAAAAUUCGGUGCUAUUGACUGUAUAUCCGAAGGACAAUGCACUGAAUAUUGUGUAUCGAUCUGGACAUACGGGGCGAUUCAUAAAAUAUGUGUCGAAAAAUCGUUUCGGUGAAAAUAAGUACGUGUACAUAAUGGUCGCUUCGUACAAAGAGUGAAUGUAAUAAAAAGAUUUCGUUGCAGUUCAAAUAAAUUGUUUCAAUGAGAAUGAGAUGUCGUUUACUUUUUGAAACGUCUGAAACCAACAAAUAAAAGCUUUCCAAAACUUAG